AGUUUGAUCUUCAACCCAAAGCAUGCUGAGCGAGUACGAAGCAUUGCGCGAGGCUCGGAUCGCCGAGAACAAAGCGAUGUUAGCGUCGCUGGGGAUUGCCAAGAUGAGCGAGGCGCCGAUCGACCGCCCGCGGAAGCGAGCUGCUACCGACAAGCCAACGCCGUUGGCCCACCAGUAUCGGCUCGUGGCCCAGCGCCAGUCCAAGGCACAAACCACCACCGCCAAGAAGCGCCAGCGAGCCACGUUGGAGCUCCAGAGCUGGAAUGCGUUGCAUCUGCGCGAUAGAUUCCUCGGAAAAGAGCUCGGCCGAGGCGCAACCGUCGACGGCGUCAAGGACCUCCUCAAGCAAGCCAACGCCGGUGCGCUCGAGUCGACGAGCAGCCUGGUCUUCCCCGACGCCACGGCGCUCUUUGCCUCGGUCGACGACGACGCGCCACAUGGCGUCUUCCGGACCUUCAAUGGAGCCAAGGACUUCUCGCUGUCGUGGACAACGACGAACGCGGCGGCGUUGAACCACCGCCUGAGCAGCACAGUGCGGGCCGGCAGCCGAGACGAAGGCGUCCUGCCGUUGCACCUCUUUGUGUCCUUGGAGACCGAUCAUGUGGUGUAUGCUGGCCGCCUCGCACUGCUCACGCGGCCGGGCAAGAUGGAAGCCAACGGCACGCGAGCAUUCAUUUUCCAGCUCGUCGAUGAGAAGCAGCUCCCGGACGCCACGCGCAGCACCUUGCUCGAGGCGUGUCCGAUCGCCGACAGCAAGGAUCUCUGGCGCGUCUCCCGAGCGGUGCAAUAAACGUCAUACCAUUUAUAUCGAAGUGCUGAAUGCAACGAUCAUAUAUUGCGAG